AUGAGAAAUAUAAUUGUAUUUUUUAUUAUUAUUACCCAAUCAAUAUCACAAGAUGUAGGUACAUUGUUACUAACUAAAUUGAACAAUAUUCAAUAUCAAUGUACUGAUCCUGGUUGUUCAUCUUCAACUACCACUUUGGCAUUGAACUUGAGAGCUUGUGAAAUUGCGUGUUUAGUUAAUAUCAACUGUCGGACACUCACGUUUGAUCAAUCCAAUAAUCAAUGUGAACUCUUCACUGAUAUCCCAAAUCAAUAUGGUAGCUUGAUAUCACAAACAGAUUUCAUAACUUUGACUGUUAUCGAUAAUAGAAAAUUAUCCUCUCCGAUGACAAUUAGUACAACAGCAUCCGCCCCAACAACAGCACCAUUGUCAUCGACAACAACAACAGCAGCAGCAAUACGAGUAUGGUCUGCCACAGAUCCUAUGAAUACUAUGAGAAACUAUCAUACUGCAUCUACAUUAACAAAUGGAAAAGUACUAGUUACCGGCGGAUAUAAUGGUGGUGUUUUAAAUAGUGCUGAAUUAUAUGACCCAUCAACAGGUACCUGGACAACUAUUAAUGCGAUGAGUACAUUUCGAAAAUUUCAUACAGCGACUAUGUUAACAAAUGGAAAUAUAUUAAUUAGCGGUGGAAAUGAUGGUAAUGGAUUUUUAACUAGUGCUGAAUUAUAUAACUCAUCAUCAGGCACUUGGACAACUACAGGAGAUAUGGAGAUUGUACGAGGUGCCCACAUAGCAGUCAUGUUAACAAAUGGAAAAGUAUUAGUUAGUGGUGGUGAUAGUGGUAAUGGGUUUUUAAAUAAUGCUGCAUUGUAUGAUCCAUCAACAGGUAUUUGGACAGCUGUUAGUCCAAUGAAUGCUGAACGUGUUUCUCAUGUUGCAUGUAUAUUAACAAAUAAUAAUGUCUUUGUUGCUGGUGGAUACGAUUAUGUUUCUUUGGCUAGUACCGAAAUAUACAAUCCCGCAACAGACAUUUGGACAAAUACAGCUAAUAUGAAUUUUGCCCGACAGACGGCUACAAUAUCUGUAUUAUCGAAUGGAAAAAUAUUAGUUGCUGGUGGAGAUGAUAGUGGUUCAUUAACAACUGCUGAACUAUAUGAUCCGUUGUAUGACACUUGGACAGUUACAGGUAGUAUGAAUUGUGCUCGAAGUGGUCACGCAGCAUCUGUAUUACCCAAUGGAAAUGUAUUAGUUACGGGUGGAUGCGACAGUAGUAAUGCUGCUGAAUUCUAUAAUCCAUCAACAGGAAAUUGGACAAUGACAGGAGAUAUGACGGAUAUACGUUAUUAUCAUACAAUAUCGAAAUUAACAAAUGGAACAGUGUUAGUUGCUGGUGGUGUUUCUAGCAGUGGCAGUUAUUUAAAUAGUGCAGAAUUAUAUUAA